CUGGUUCAAAUUCAGCUGCACCAUGGACACAGCAGCCAUGCAGAAAGUUUGGGGGUUCCUAGAGCAAUUCGAGGGCUACCUCGAAGCUUAUCCCCAGUUUUACAGCGGCCCCCAAUAUGAGCUAGGUGACGACUCCCAGACGAGCGGCAGUAGCGCCACCGGCACCAUCCUGUUCUCGCUGGGCGGCGCCACCAUCAAGGUGCAGUACAGCGGCGGCUACGUCAUGUCGCCCACGCUUGGGUCGAAGCCCAUCCUGCACAGCGUGCCGCCGCUGCCGGCACCAGGCUGCGUGGCGGUGGUCUCGACCUACCAAGGAGCAGGCGUGGACGUGCAGGCCAUGGCGGCAGCACUCCGCAUGCACGGCUGCGCCUUUCACCCAACCCGCCUGCCGGUGUUCAGCGCCACACAGCCCUCGUCUUGGUCGCAGCACCUCUCCAAGCUAAGGAUGGGGCUGGCUGGCGGGCUGGCGGGCGGGCGGCCACGCAAGUGCGAGUGCGGUGACUGCCCCACGUGCAAGUCCCGGGACCGCAUGAGCCGGCAUCUGGCGGCGGAGCGGGCUGGUGUCCAGCUUAAGCAACGCAAGUGUGAGUGCGGCGACUGCCCCACAUGCAAGAACCGGGACCGCAAGCGCCGGCAGCGGGCGGUGCAGCGGGCGGCGGCGCAGCAGCCCAACAAGAAGCGCGGCGCGCCCUCUGCGGCUGCCUCCCAGUCUAAGAAGCGGCGCAGUAGCUAAGGAUCAGGUCAAGUUUUAGAAGGGUGCAAGGACGAAUGUGCAAUCGUGCUGCAUUGUUUGUGUCGGUGUCGGUGUCGGGAUCGGGCACAAGUUGCAUACAGACCAGGGGAAGGGGGUAGAAAGCUCAGGUUCUUACCCUAUGCUCGAUAUUACAGAGCUAUGAGAGAGCAUUAAGCACGUGCUUUCAGUUUUGUUAGGGGGUGUCUGGUGUGGAAGUUCUGGGCCCCUCAAGUUGGAGGGUCGGUCGUCGUCCUUGGAGGUCCACCGGGUUUUGGGAGCCCAUCCUGGCGGAUUUCGGUAAGCGCCCCACGAGCAGAACUAGGGACCAAACGCUGAAGUACGAGGCUCAUAUGUGCACGUGAUGCCGUAAUAAGCACAAACAAAGCGUGGGUAGGCAAAGUUGCGCGUCCUGGCGUGGACGUGUCGGGACAUGUCUCGACGUUCAACACAUGCGCACUGCCACGGCUGGGCUCUCUAGCGCUGGUGCGCAUGAAGUUACGCCUAACAAGGCUGCCGAUGCACACUUUCCAACCGUCACACGGCAGAGAGUUUAGCGCUAUGUCGAGAGGAUUUCUCUGGAUAGGAUCCCGCGUGUGACCGAAGUCUCAGAACAGGACCGCUGAAGGCACAGCGUGACAGUGCUCGUCAAGAGGAGUCGAUUGGCACCACUUAGUAUUCA